UUGUCAAGGGAUAACAAUAUCUUUGAGCGUUUAAUAUACAGCCUUCUCACGGAAUCCUGUUGCUACGCGAAGUUUCGAUGAUCGCACGAAAUGUUAUCUUGCAUAUACACGAUGGAGAACAAGGAGGAUACUUCAAGGACAAGGGAAAUCAUUGAUUUGUUUAUUAGUUUGCCAAACAAUGAUGUGUACAGUUUACGGGACGUCAGCGUGAAAUCGCUCAUAAGUCAAGUGAAAUCUGAAGUGGAGCUUCGCGUGGGAAUACCAACUGACUUGAUACACUUGUAUUUUGUGAACGAAGAAUUGACCGACGAAAGAAUUCUAAAAGAUUUCAAAGUUAAACAUGGAUGCAUACUAAGAGUUCGCUUGCGCAAGAUUUGGCUCGGUUUAUAUCUUGCAAGCAGCGAAGGCGAUUCUUACGAGCUUUUCAAAAACUGCGUGAAAGCAACGGACUUCGAAAACACGACGCAGUCAGGCGACUCCAUUGUCGAUGCGCACGUUUGGAAGAAACUUGUGGAGAAACGCGGAACAGUUGCUCUCUUUAUAGCAACCUUUCACGGCUAUUUGUCGUUGAUGUUGGACUUGCUAAAUCACAGUGCAGCUAAUAUCAAUGGCUCUACGAUAUUUGGUCGUACGGCUUUACAUCUGGCCGCCUUCCGGGGACACAUCGGUUGCGUCUCUCUUCUAUUGUCGGAAGGAGCCGAUUCAACAGCCAUAGACGUUUUUGGAAAAACACCGCUUCAGUUAGCCCAGGUGAACAAACAUGUCUACUGCCAAAAAAGGUUAUACAUUCAUCGUGCUUUUGAAAGUAGGAAGGCUAUAAAAGUGGGACUACAUCUAAUCCUACGAGUUCCAGAUCAACCAAUGUUAUCGAUAGAAACAAUGUCCAACGAACAGCUUCAGCCAAAACCGACCAUUCCACCGAAAGGGUCGCCUAUUUUAGGGUCAUCGACACCAGAUCCCUCCUCGUCGCCACGUCCACACACCGUACCGGUGAAGCGAAGGAUGAAGGUGGAUAAAUCAAAUGGUUCAAGUGGAAUGCGAGGUAUUGAGAAAAUUCUUGAAACAGCACGAGGUGAUGUUGUUGGUGAAUACCACGAUAUUAAAGAAAGUAGAGUAGAUAUCAAUUCGACCAUUUUGAUGCAGUCUAAAAAUCGAUUAAAUGACAUCAAAGAAGAUGAAGUGAAAGAACAAGAACCUGUUUUCAACACUGAGCAAUCUGACAUGGAGAAGUUAAGAGUACAAUUUCCCAGACACAAGAGAAUGCUGGAAUUUGCUUGGAGUGAGAAAGGAAACGGAGAAAACAUGCGAACAUAUGUUAACGACGACGACACAGACCAGGAUCCGAGUAGUGAGGAUAAUUUAUAUGCGGUUACCGGUCGUCAUCUUAGCGUUUCACCUAGAAGAGUGACGGGAGAAAGCUCAGUAGCUUCAUCGAUGCAUCCCAAAUUAGGAUUUUCCCUCAGUUACGACGCAUGGUUAGAAAAGAAAAAGAAAGAAGGCAAGGAAACAAAAGCGCUUCAAGCUGCCACUGGUUCUCAGUCCCCGAAACAUAAAGUGGGGCGGCAACUUGACGUGAUUGCGUUUAAAGAAUGGCUUCAAGGUAAAAAAGAGGGUCGAAGACGCUGUAAAACAGCAACUACGAAUUCCGGAAGUCAUCAUAUCGGCUCCGGCGUACCGUUUGAAGAAUGGCUGAGAAAAAAAAGGCAGACAAAUUCCACUGCACGUGAUUCAUGCGAAGUUAAAACCGAUUCAAGACCUAAACAUACCAGUUUGUGCGGGAAAACGUACGACGAAUGGUUGAUGGAAAAACAAAACUUUCCUCAAAUGUUGAACGACUGUAAUGACGCUGCAGCUGCAGCUAAUAAAACGCGUUGUAGAUCAGGAAAGACGUUCUCAGAAUGGCUUCGCGAAAAAAAUAGAGAUAUACAAAAAAGAUGUUUGUCAGGAGAGACUUUGACAAAGCAGGAAAUACAGAAGAAAGCCCUGUUGGAAAAACGACGCCCUCUAAAUCCAAAAGCCAAAACGUUUGAGGAAUGGUUUGAGGAGAAACGUACUCAGAAUGCGAUAGAUUUUGUUUGGUCGAGAAAUUCACCGGAGAAGCGAGGCGCAACUUCAGUCGUAUUAAAUUCUUCAAUAAAAUACCAAGACGCUCGUUUGGUGUACGAUAUGUGGCUGAUGGUGAAAAAUAUGGAAGAACUGGAAAAGGAGGAAGAGUUAUACGAAGAAAUGGUCGAGAAAUGGAGAAGAAGGGAAGAAAAGCUGGCACUUCGUAGUAUUUUGGGUGGAAAAAUAAAUCGAACGUCGAAAAAAGGAAAUAUUACGUUUUGAAGACAUGGACGAAGGUAAAACAUUGAAACAAUACGCAGACGA